AUGCAUGCUGGGUUAAGUUGCGUCAUAGCAGCCGGUAAGAUAUACAAGAAGGAUCACCGGGUCUGUGGCCCAAACACUAUCCUUCUCGCAUGUCGCCAACUGCAUUCCAAGACAUCUACCCUUCUGUACUCGAUCCCUACCUUCGAAAUCGUUGGAGGGAUCCACGUCAACCCCGACACUGGUACACUGCAGCAUGAGCAAGGCUGCAAGAAUAUCAAAGCGCUCGCGUUCCCCACGUGGACAGUGAACGUGCUGAUAGUAAGACCGGCUGGAUUGGGGUUGCAGAUUACGGAUAUCUUCCUAGCACUGGAAAAAGUGCAUCUGCACUACGUUUUGGAGGUGGUAGAGCAGCAAGGAUUCGAGGACGAGCUGUGUGUGGCUUUGGGAUUUGAGAGGAGAAAGCUUGAUGUGACUACACAGCAGCAACGGUGCGCAGUUGAAUAUGGAGAUGUCAUUAGUGAUUACUCAUUAGUCGGUGCCCAGUUGCCAUGGACAAGAUCUUGGGACACAAACACACCCCACGAAUUCCAGGGAAAACAGCUACAAGGAACGAAUCCUCCCAAGCGCCAGCAAAGGAUUCAACAAAGAACGAGAAGAAAAAUGGAUAUCCGAGUCCUACGGCCAAGCGAUAUACCGCAUGUGCAGCUUGCGAAUAUUACCAAUCUGCCCGAGAAUUACUUUUGCAAGUAUUAUUUGUAUCAUGCGAUGAGUUGGCCGCAGUUGAGCUAUGUGGCUGUUGAUGUGAAUAUCCCGCCCCCCCAAAACCCCCUACGACCCCCCCAAAAUCGUCGGCUACGUGCUCGCCAAAAUGGAAGAAGAACCCACCGACGGCAUCCCCCACGGCCACAUCACCUCCCUCUCCGUCAUGCGCACCCACCGCCGCCUCGGGCUUGCCGAAAAACUGAUGCGCCAAUCCCAGCGCGCCAUGGCCGAGACCUUUGCAGCCCACUAUGUAUCCCUGCACGUCCGGGUUUCCAAUACAGCGGCCCUGCGGCUGUAUCGCGAUACCCUGGGGUUUGGGAUUGA